AUGAGCUACGCCUAUUCUCGCAGCACAGGUGCCUCGUCCCUUCCUUCUUAUAAGAGUCCUCCUCCAAAAUCGCCAACCUUCAUCGACCAAGCUUGGGAUCGCCUGCCCGGCGCGAAACAGUGGGUGGAGGAUGGGGUUGCCGCAAUCGGGUCUCGAAGAUCGCGCGAUCGCGGUGAUGUUCAGAGCUCCGCGACCAGGAUCUUCAGGCGCAUUUUCACUGUCGCCAAUGCUGUGAUCCUGGUCUGGGUAUGGACGCUGUGGUGGGGAGAGCGCACGGUCUUCCAGGAGCAUAUUGAUGCCUGUGUUUGGGAUAAUUGGGAGCAUUGGCCUCAACAUGCCACCCCGCAUCAUAUCGCUUUUGUCGCCGAUCCACAGCUGGUUGAUCCCCACACCUACCCCGGUCGUCCGUGGCCGUUGUCCACUCUCACCGUCAAAUAUACUGAUCAAUAUAUGCGCCGCUCUUUUGCAUCGAUACAAAAGAACUUGGUUCCUGACUCAGUUCUCUUUUUGGGAGAUCUCUUUGAUGGUGGUAGAGAAUGGGCGACAAGGACGACGACCAGUCCCGAAGAUCGCUACAAAAAGAUCGACGAUACCUUUUGGAGAAAGGAAUACCGUCGAUUCGUCAAGAUAUUCAUAGACCCUUGGGUAGCACAGGAUAUUGCCCCUGUCGAUGGCCGGGGUCGCAAAAUGAUCGCCAGCCUCCCAGGAAACCACGACCUAGGAUUUGGCAAUGGAGUUCUGGAGCCCGUGCGGGAUCGCUUCCAGAGCUAUUUUGGCGACAGCAAUCGCGUCGAUGUCAUUGGAAACCAUACAUUCGUCUCGAUCGAUACCGUCUCACUUAGCGCAAUGGACCAACCGGAUCCUUUAACGGGCAGUUCAACGCCCAACCCAACCGAUGACCCCAACUACCGGCCAAUCUGGAAAGACGCAGACGAAUUUCUGGAUAAGAUGCCUACCAACAAGGCCAGGGCCGAGAUGGAGGAGCUCAUGAUGCUUCAAAAUAAGACGGAUACUACCAACGUCAAGUUCGACCAUCAUGUUGUCGAUGCCACCGAAAGCUCCAUUUUCCACAAGCCCAAUCCCAAGUCAAAGGGAUUCCCUACCAUUCUUCUCACCCAUGUGCCAUUAUACCGCCAACCGGCUACUCCCUGCGGUCCCCUGAGAGAACGUCACCCCCCGUCUGCUCCAGAUCUCGAACAGGAUGAACCGAAUUCGUUGAGUAUUUCAGGCGGCUACCAAUACCAGAACGUAUUGACGCCGAAGAUCUCAACCGAGCUCGUCUCAAAGGCAGGACCCAACGUGGUCCAGGUCUACUCCGGCGACGACCACGACUACUGCGAAGUAAUCCACCGCGAAUUCAACGGGUCCCCGAACGAAAUCACCGUGAAAAGUCUAUCCUGGGCAAUGGGCGUCCGACGCCCAGGCUUCCUCUUAACAAGUCUCUGGAACCCAAUCGACCCCAUAACCGGCGAAUCCACGCAAAACGCCGCACCUCUUACAAUCCAAAACCACCUCUGCAUUCUUCCCGACCAACUCGGCAUAUUCAUCCACUAUCUCUGCGUCCUGCUCGUCAGCAUCCUCGUUCUUUCCCUCAAUUCCUUCUACCACGUCAAAUUCUCACCCGACGUGACAAGCUCGGGUGACGUCCUCCCCUCUCUGAGCGUCGCGCCCCCCCCCGCGACACAUGUACCAAACAUCCGUUCUACUUUACCCCAGAACGGUCUCGCCAGCCGUAAUGGCAUCAACGCACUACCCCGCUACCCCGCGGGUGGUGCCCCCGGCGCGAAAAACCCACCCGCUUAUCGCGGUCUAGAUCGCGAAGACAUGAAAGAUAAACCGAUGUUCCGCCCCGCUCAGGCCAAAGGUCUUCGCCAAAGCGCUGCGGUCAUUGGUGGCGAUCUCUUGCAGAGUGUCAAGUAUGUUGCGGUCGUUGUAUUGAGCUUGUACUUCUUCUUGAUCUGGCGCUGGUAG